CCGCCCCCAGCGCGCUUUCCCCGCGCGGAUGGCCCUGGAACGCCCCGUGCGGCCUUUCUUCCGGCCCCCUCACCCCGGCUGCCAUGACAACGAAUCGGCGCCCUGAGCUCAGCUGCUACUCCGGCGGGACCCAGGCUGGACCGCUGGCCCCGGCCUGGGGGCCACAGCUGCCACCACCGCCGCCAACUCGUCUCCUCCCUGUCCCCGCCCAGCCCUAGGUGUCCCUGCCUCACUCGGGCCCGUGGCCGGGGUCGCUCCCCGCCGUCCCUCCCCGCAGGGAUGCCGAAGGUGAAGGCGCUGCAGUGCGCCUUGGUGCUGGAGAUCCGCUUAGUAAGUUGCCCAGGAGUCGUGCUUAAAGACAAAGAGGACAUCUAUCUUAGCAUCUGUGUGUUUGGCCAAUACAAAAAGACACAAUGUGUCCCAGCCACUUUUCCACUGGUCUUCAAUGCCAGAAUGGUGUUUGAAAAGGUGUUCCCGGAAGCAGUAGAUCCUGGAGAUGUGGUUACACAGCUUGAAUAUGAUACAGCAGUGUUCGAGUUGAUACAGCUAGUUCCACCAGUGGGUGAAACACUGUCUACCUAUGAUGAAAAUACAAGAGAUUUCAUGUUUCCGGGUCCAAACCAAGUGUCUGGACACCAUGAUUCAAACCGCCAGGUUACCAUGAGGAGGAUUUCUGGCCUUCGAGGAAAUGCUCCAAAGCUGGAAUUUUCUACAACUUCAAUGAUUACUGAAUGUCUGAUUACUUCAAGGAAAUGCCGCACUCAGGAUAAAUUUAUUCACCAGUUGGCUCCAGCUGAAAAAUCACAUGGCAGACCACAAAGCAGAACAUCAAGAUCACAAAAGAAAAAAUCCAAGUCACCUGAGAGAAGUAAAUAUUGCAUAAAUGCAAAAAACUAUGAACAGCCUACAAUCUCUUCAAAAUCACACUCUCCAUCUCCCUAUACAAAAAGACGCAUGUGUGAGCUAUCUGAAGAUACCAGGCAGCGGCUGGCUCAUUUAAAUCUGGGACCCUAUGAGUUCAAAAAGGAAACAGAUAAACCUCCAUUUGUGGUUAGACAUGUUGAUCCCCCAAGUCCCAGGACUGAUACUUUAUUUGGAUCUUCUGGCAGAGACUGUGAAAGAGGUGGAUGGUCAAGGGUUCACAAUGAUCAUUUUCAUCUUGGCUGCUACCGACCCAAGGAUUAUAAGAAGUACCUUUCGCCUCCCACCAUGAUUCUGAGGACUCCCAAGCCAUGUGGGACUGUUAUCAGAACACCCCAUGGGAGAGACUUCAAUGACUCUUUAGAAAAGUGUGAAGACUAUCUAAGCCCAAGGUCAUGUAGUAAGCCUCAGCAUUCAGUGAGGACCUUACUAGUCCAUUCAGCACCCUCAACAAUGCCGAAGCAUUCUCCAAGCCUUAUGUUAAAUAGAGCUUCUCUCAGAGAAAGGUUUCAUUCUGAUUGGUGUUCACCUUCAAACUGCGAUGAGAUCCAUGACCGGGUAAAAAAUGUCUUGAAAUCACAUCAGGCUCAUCCAAGACAUUUAUAUGAUGAGAGAGACCUAGAGAAAGAUGAUGAACUGGAACUGAAAAGAAGUCUUUUAUACAGAGACUCUGCCUAUGACAGUGACCCCGAGUAUAGCUCAUGUCAGCAACCACGGGGCACUUUCCAUUUGGACGAUGGCGAAUACUGGUCCCACAGGGCAGCCUCUCACAAGGGAAAAUCCCACUGUCCCAUCUUUGAGAACAGCAUGGACAAGAUGUACAGAAACUUAUACAAAAAGGCCUGUAGUUCUGUUUCUCAGACACAGGAAAGCUUCUGAGAACAUCCACAUAAACUGCAUGAUUGUCCGUGUCAACUUCUCAAUGAAAAUGUUGGAUAUGAUCAAUAUCUGUAUUUCUUUUUUUAAUGGGAUUAUAACUAAGUACAAUAAUUAGACUUGAAUAAGUUUAUUACUUCAGAUGGGAAAUUGUCAUAGGCAAGCCUUUUAAAAUAAUUAUUACAGAAGAGUCUGCUGUGUUGCAAACCUCAAAGCUCUGUCACAUAGUCACAACUUCCAAUAUGUGAGAAGGAUAUUCUGUUACAUGUACAUCUCAAAUUACCAUCUACAAAUCCAAAAAUAGUGCCUUUCUAGAAAUGUUUUUCUCUCUUGUAAUUUUCUUUUCAUCUGUUUAACUGGUUAUCUUGUCUGUGUAAGAUUUAAUUAAUAUCGACUACCUUUUAUUGGUGAUGAACAAAAUGAUAUACAGAAAUGAAUUUCUUAAAAGUUUAAAUGCUAUUUUAACUAACAUUUUCUACUUUUUCCUUUUUCAGAGCAGGCUAUUAAUAUUCCUUAGCUCAUUGACUUUCAUUUUAAAGGCUAUAUGACCAUUUACUCAUUUUUCUCUGAAAGAAGUACCUAAGUUGCUUAAAAUGCAUAGCAGUUAUCUAGAAAUACCAGUGGCCACAGAUGAUCAAAAAUUUGAAUAACUAGUUUUUAAAUACAGAAUUCUUUCCAUGAUAUUUUUCUAGGGCCAAACAUUUUGGUGCAACCAGAAUCAGAAAAUAGCUUCUGUUGGUAAGCUUAUAGGAACUCAAAAAUAGUAAUGGAAUUAUAUUUUAAUUUGAGGCUUUGGGAUUUGCAUUAAGUAUCAUAUGGUCCAAGAAAUUAUUAUAGUAUCCUCACUUUUAAAAAACACUUGUAACCACAGUGCAAAUAUUAUAGCAGAAUACUUUGUGGUAGACACUGAACAUUUUGUUGAUUGAUGGAUAGACUUAACUUCUCCUCCCCCACCCCAACACACACCUGUGAAGCCAGUGAUACUUUGAAGAUAUAAAGAAAUCAGCUACUUUAUAAUUACUAGAGAGUGAGGGGAGGGAAAGGAGAGAGUAGGGUAAGUGAACUUGGGUUAUAAUCUUAAGAGAUGACUAAAAGAUAUUUUCUCAUUGACUCUGUUUUUGAUUAAUUUUACAGUUAUGAUUGAGGAAGAAAAAAAUGAACUUCCUUUAAAAUGAAAUUAAAAUGUGAAACUUGGUGACUUAUUUUUGUAAUAGAACUUGUUAACCAUGUUAAGAGUGCUUUAGUAUCACAGUCUGUGAUAUAUCAUAAAGAGCAUUAGUGCUCUCUCCAUGAGCCAGGAGUCCUAGGCUUUAGUGUCCUGUGUCUAGCUGAGCCUGUUUUACUCUCAAAUCCUUUGUUUCCUCAGCUAUCAAAUGUUGAGAAUGGAUAGACCCCAAACUAUGUUCUGCGGACCGAGACCACUGUUUUAGGAGAUGAUUGUAGGAAUGUAGAUAGAAGUAUGUAAUGUAAUUGGUUAUGCAAGUUUGGGAAAAUCUGUUUGCUGCACACACACACACACACACACACACACACCUACACCUCUUCAGAGAGUCCUAUGUAAAAUUAUAGAAGUAAAAAGAGAUGAUUUUAAUGCUGAAACAGUGCCUGUAAACUGGGGCUGUCUACAGCAAACUAGGAUGUAUGGUAACCAUGCUCAUUGUGAGCACUAGCCUUUAGUGUUAGAGGCUUUAAGAAAAUUCUGGUAUAAAUCUGUUUUGCUCUAGUAUCUAGUAGACAGCCUGGCAUGUAGUUGACAUUCCUUAAAUAUUUAUUGAAUUAACCCAGAAUUUUCUAAACUAAAUUUAGCACGUAACACUGUUUGUUAUUCUAGGUACCAUCCAGUGUUCUCCUAGCUCCUCACACUACCCGCCAAUGUUAUCCUCACGUACGUGUGGAUACCUAGGCUGCAGAAAUACUGGACUACACAAUUGCUGAGUUACCCUCUGGCUGUAGAUUAUAUGAUGAGGUAUUUUACAAUAAGCUUUUGAAGGUCAACAUUGAAUAAUGCUCUUUUACAAAUAUAUAUAUAUAUAUAUAUUUUUUACAAAUGCAUUUUACAAAUGUAUAUAUAUAUAUAUACACCCAGUGGUUUUCUGCGGGAAAAUAAAUUAAAAAGUCUUUUAAGAGUUGCUCUUGGUGAAAAGAACAAACAUGACUUUCAAAGAAAAUGUUUUACUACUCCCAAAAUCUCCUGAGUCAGUACCACAGAAAUGACUUAUUACACCUAUAUCUGCCAUUGGCUCUGAACAAGGCUGCAAAAAGUAGGGCUUCUGAAAGGGAAACUUUAGAAUCUGAUAUUCUGAAAGAAGUUUUCCUAUGGAUUAAGGUUAGUGUCUUUCUGAAAGUUGGGAGAAGUUUUCCUGGUAAAUAUUAAUAGCAUCUUUGUGAAGUGUCUGAUUAUCUUCUAUUCUCUAGCGGGGAAGGGUGGUCCAUAUUGCUCUAACUACUACUGUGAGUACUUACACUAUAUUGUUUUUAAAGAGUAAAACCUUUAAGUACUAAUAGUUGUAUUUUCUCAUUCAUAGGAGCAGAAAGGUACAGUUGUUUGUUCUCUUAGCCUUUUUUCCCCUGUAUUUCCUACAAAAUAAGAAUAGUUGUUGGAGUUAAUAUGAAAGAUACAUAGGCAUUUCUUCUUACUUUUUAAUUUUUUUCUUUAAAUUAUAAAAAACUCGGGGAUUUAAGAAAAUGUCAAAAUCAACAAAAAAAUUUGAAUUAUUGGAAUGAGACUCUUCCCUGGUUCUACUGGCUAGUUACAUAACCUUAUUUAAGUCAUUUAUGCUUUUUGGAGCUCAGUUUUCUCAACAAUAAGGUGAUCAAAAAGUUAAUUUAGAAUGAUCCUUUGACAUUUUAUAAUUGUACAAUUAUUAUGUAUGAUCAAGAAGUCCUAGGCAGGCAGAGUUGUUUUCUGAUUUACAGAGAUUAAACCCCUGAUUUAAAAAUCUGGAACGAAUAGAGAAUUUUCAUUAUUAUGUUCAUUUACUAAUAAUAGCUUUAUUGAGAUAUAAUUCACUCUGAAAAAGUAUACAGUUAAGUGAUUUUUACUAUAUUCACAGAGUUGUGCAACUAUAACCACUAGCUAAUUAUAGAAUAUUUUAUAACUCCCAAAAGAAAUCAUGUAACUGGCCGGGCGCGGUGGCUCACACCUGUAAUCCCAGCACUUUGGGAGGCCGAGGUGGGUGGAUCACGAGGUCAAGAGAUCGAGACCAUCCUGGUCAACAUGGUGAAACCCCGUCUCUACUAAAAAUACAAAAAAAAAAAAAUUAGCUGGGCACGGUGGCAUGUGCCUGUAAUCCCAGCUUCUCAGGAGGCUGAGGCGGGAGAAUUGCCUGAACCCAGGAGGCAGACGUUGCGGUGAGCCGAGAUCGUGCCAUUGCACUCCAGCCUGGGUAACAAGAGCAAAACUCCGUCUCAAAAAAAAAAAAGAAAAAAGAAAUCAUGUAACCAUUAGCGAUCACUUCCCACCUCCUCCCCACAACCCUUGGAAACCACAGAUAAGCUUUUUGUCUCCAUGCCUGUUUUGGACAUUUCAUACAAAUGGAAUCAUACAGUAUGAUGAUCUAUUCUGUCACUUAGCAGAAUAUUUUCAGAGUUUAUACAUGUUGUAACAUGUAUGAGUACUUCAUUUCUUUUUAUUACUAAAUAAUCCAUUAUAUGAAUAUACCAUAUUUUGUUUAUUCAUUUGAUUGAUAGCUAUUUGGGUUGUUUCUACUUUGUAGUAUUCUGAAAUGCUGCUCUGAAUGCUAGUAUACAAGUUUUUUUUGUGGACAUAUGAUUUUAUUUCUCUGGAGUAUACAUCUAGAAGUUGACUUGCUGGGUCCUCUGGAAACUAUGUUCAACAUUUUGAAGAAGGAACAAAUUGUUUUUCAAAGUGAAUGUACCAUUUUACAAUUACUGUGUUGAUCUUUAUCUUACCUUAGUAUCUUAGAUAAAUUACACAUUCAAGCCUCAUUUAUAUAUUCAUCACGUAGGUAUUAAGCACUAUGUUAGAAAUAGAGGGUAUAUAAUUUUACCAUCUUUGAAAAUGUGAAAAGCAGUGUAUUAAAACAUUUGCAAUGGUUUGGUAUCUUCUAUGAUAUGAAAAUGCAAGAAUGGGGAUAAGGGCCUUCUACCUUGAUGGAACAGAACAUGCAGGGGCAUGAAAAUGGGAGGGAGCAUGAUUGUUCAUGGAAACUCCUCAAAGUGCUUUAGCUAGAAGAAUGGUAUGGUAGAAUAUGACUCAUGCAGUAAGAGAACUACAAAGAGGUCUAGAGCAGCAUCAGAGGAGGUGACUGAAUGUUAAAGGAUUGAAAGGACUUUUGAGAAUAGCAAAACAAAGUGGGAUAAACUAAAUAUUAAUCAGAUUUUUUUUUUUUGAGAUGGAGUCUCACUCCAUUGCCCAAGCUGGAGUGCAGUGGUGCAAUUUCGGCUCAUGGCAACCUCUGCCUCCUGGUUCAAGUGAUUCUUCUGCCUCAGCCUCCCAUGUAGCUGAGAUUACAGGUGCAUGCCACCACACCCAGCUAAUUUUUUAAUUUUUAGUAGAGAUGGGGUUUCAUCAUGUUGGCCAGCCUGGUCUCAAACUCCUAACCUCAGGUAAUACACCAUGUCGGCCUUCCAAAGUGAUUGAUCAGAUUUUACAAGGGUGGAGUUGAAAAUAUCCAGAGUCAGUUAAGAAUAAAGAUCUAGAACUUUGGAGAAUUCAAGAAUACAAAACACAUUAUGAAGUCAGAUAAAAAUAAAUGAAAGCUCUACUUUUUGUUUUUGGCCUACUUUAAUAUGUGACCAUAAUAGGCACCCUGAGUUCUGGACCUCAAGUAAUUGAAUGUUUUGCUACUUAAGGAGGCUCUGGUGGUAGUAAGACAGUUUGAGGGCAACCCUUUUAAAAAUUAAGAUAGAGGCUGGGCACGGUGGUUCAUGCCUGUAAUCCCAGCACUUUGGGAGGCCGAGGCGGGUAAAUCACGAGGUCAAGAGAUCGAGACCAUCCUGGCCAACAUAGCAAAACCCCGUCUCUACUAAAAAAUUAGCCGGGCAUGGUGGCACAUGCUUGUAAUCCCAGCUACUUGGGAGGCUGAGACAGGAGAAUCGUUUGAACCCAGGAGGCGGAGGUUGCGGUGAGCCGAGAAUGCGCCAUUGCACUCCAGCCUGGGUAACAAGAGAGAAACUCCGUCUCAAAAAAAUAAAAUUAAGAUAGAUAGCCAGGUACAGUGGCUUAUGCCUGUAAUCCUAGUAGUUUGGGAGGCCAAGGUGGACAGAUCACCUGAGGUCAGGUGUUCAAGACCAGCCUGGCCAACAUGGUGAAACCCUGUCUCUACUAAAAAUAAAAAAAAUCAGCCAGGCGUGGGGUAGUCUCCUGCCUCAGCCUCCCAAGUAGCUGAUAGUCCCAGCUACUUGGGAGGCUGAGGCAGGAGAAUCACUUGAACCUGGGAGGUGGAGGCUGCAUUGAGCCAAGAUUGUGCCACUGCACUCCAACAUAGGUGACAGAGCUAAAUAAUAAUAUUAAAGAAGUCAUUUUUCUAACUAGCUGCAGUUGUAUGUACAAAAUGAAGAGGUAAGAAAGAAAUUCAACAUUUCGUUAAGUUAUUGUGUUUAUUAUUUAUCACUGAAUGAUAUACUUUGAAUUUAAUUAUAUGAAGUUUCCUCAGAUAAUCAGUUCUUGUGACUGUUGACUCAUUCAAAAAAUAUUUCAGGCAAUCUGCAAGGCAUUGAAUGGUAACCCAGAGAUAAACAAAAACACAGUUCCCCAGUCCAAGUUUGUGUGUGUAUAUGAGAGUUGAGGAGAGACCUGCAUUUACUUGAGGGAUAAUAACUGAAAUUAGUUGAUAUUCUUUCUACCUGUCUUGGAUAGCACAAGACUUAGAAAAUCCACUUACUACGGUUUGUGAAGUAAGAGAGAAAUAAACCAACACAGAACAGUUAUCAGCUGAUACACUCUUCUCUAAAAGUUAAUAAAGUUACUUAACUUUA